AUGGCGGCCAUGGCAGCUGCAAAAGCUCAGUUUCUGGGUCAGUCCCUGAAUUUGUCCAAGAAACCUGAGGACUUUGGCAGUUACCAAGCUUAUGAGCUUAUCCAUGCUCGAUGGGCCAUAUUGCGAGCCGCUGGCUUUGUUCCUCCUAACGCAUUCAACAAGUUUGGCUCCGUCUGCGGCCCUGAAGCUAUGUGGUGGAAGACCGGAGCAUUACUGCUGGAAGGUGACUCCAUCAAGUACUUCGGAGCCACCGUUCCCAUCAACCUGGCCGCUGCCGUGAUUUCCGAGGUUAACCUGGUUGGAGGAUCCGAGUACUAUAGAUCGACCAACAAGUCUCCCCUCGGAUCGGACUUGGAUAGGUUGCACCCAGGAGGUGCAUUCGACCCUUUGGGGCUUGCGAAGGAUCCCGACCAGUUCGCGCUGUUGAAGGUGAAGGAGAUCAUGAACGGGAGGUUGGCUAUGUUUUCGAUGCUGGGGUUCUUCGUCAAGGCAUACGUAACUGGAGAGGGACCGGUGGAGAAUUUGGCUGCACACUUGAGCGACCCAUUCGGAAACAACUUGCUGACCGUCAUCCAGGGUACUGCUGAGCGGACUCCCAGUCUUUGAG